AUGACACGCAAUUUGAGGAAUACUUUUGUUUUAGACUCUAAUUCUAAUAGCCUGGAUAUAUCAAAUACCUCUACAAUAGAUAAGUCAGGAGUAUUAGGCCAUUCAUCUAACAAGACUUUACCUUCAAUUUCUGCUAUUUGUGAAACUUGUAGAAGAUUGUCAAGACGCUCAUAUUCAGAAUAUAAUUAUUGUACAGCUGAUAUAAUUGAAUUGACGCAAUUAAUAAUAAUGAAUAGUAAGACACCACACGACACAAUCAAGGAACUACUAGAUAUUAAUGAGAUUUUUGACACUAUGCAACGAUUGUAUAAUUGUUGGCAUAAAAAUCCGAUUGCAUCAACUCAGGUAGACUACGAUUUAUUGGCACUAUUAUCCGUAUUUAGAGCUUGUACGUGGUUUAGCAAUCAGCAACACAAAAUAAUAGAAGAAUAUAUAACUGACAUUACUGAUGGAUAUACAAACUGGGAAGUUUUAUUUCCUGUCCAAAGUCUUCGUAUAGCAGUAGAGAGAGCCCUUAAGGGGCAGGUUACUGGAAUUGUUCAGGGUCGCUAUGGCACCGAAAUAUGGUUUAGAGAAUGUUAUAUUGGCUCAAGUCAAGUUUCUGGUAUGGUUGUCUUAACUCCAUGUUAUAUCCAAAUAAAAGAUGUCAUUGAUGGGAGUAUGUAUACAUAUAAUGGAUGUACAUACCCUAUGUCACCACUUGACCUAGAAGAUAUUUUAAUGAGUUGUCCUAACCUAUGGGUAUAUAGUGCAGCUAUUGGGUCAUCUAAUUUAGAGAAAGAUGAAAAUAUAUGA